CGUUUUUUCUUCUUCGUUGGGAGACCCUGCAUAGGCCUGAUCGUGGUUCUUGCUCAGAGUCGUACUCAGACCAGUGACUCAGAGUCAAAGAGGCUAGGAAUGCGAGCAAGGCGGCGCUGUGUCCCACAACUUACCUUCAGAAUUACAGCAUUGUGGCUGUCUAAACAGCUUAUCUCAACCUUCCCACGGCACACAUUGGUCGGAAUGGGCGGGUGCUGUGGGAAGAGCGCUACCUUAGAUGACGAUGGACCUCUCAGGGGAGGCGGAGCAGGCCGCAGGCUAGGGGGCGAUCCUGGGACGGAUGUCGACGCCCGCCAGCAGGCUGCAAAUGCAGCAGCGUUGAGGCAGCAAAAGUUUGAGCAGAGUGCCACAGGCCGGGCUGCAAUCAAGGCGACAAAGGCAGCACAGGAGAAGCCAAAGGGUAGACAAGACCAACAGGCAGGCUUGCAGUGGCAAGUCGGCUAACAAGUGCAGUAAACGAAGACUUGGGGCAUUCGAAGCAAGCAACGGCUGCAACCUUUUCGACGACUGUAUUCGUGGUAAAAAGCAUGUUCCACGAGGAACGACUAUGUUCCUUGCGAUUUCGUAAUUACAUAAGACAAUGUCAAACGCACAUAUCGCUGUUGGCAAGAACAAGUAGAGGUUGCCCGUAAGCUUUGUAGACUGACAAAAGUGUUGCUAGUUGCCGUUGACGUCAUCAUGGCUACCUUCCUACGUAACCAACGGCUUUCAAUCGUCGAAUUUGACAAGCAAAAAGCCAGCGACGUCAACUUGAUUCGAAACAGGAAAUUCAAGCCCAUCUCCAACAACAGUCAUUCGUACAAAAGGGAGUUUGGGUUGCGUUGGUCACGUGGAUGGGAGUAACCAUCCGCUCUGAGCCGACCUGCUGGCUAUCUGAAAAGGUAGAGAUGGAGUUUCAAGCUUCAAGUUCUUACGUCAAUAGAAUUUUUACUGAUUGCUAAAGCAUCUAUCUCAUCAUUGCAAAGUACUUUCGAAAGCUUGUAAUCAGGCUCAAAAGUAGCCAGCACAGUGUGCACUCUCGCGUCGCAUAUGAUGUAGAUGUAGAAGAUCUAUGAAGUAGAGCGACUGUACCGUACCAAUCGGUGUAUUGUUCAAGAUGACCCAAGAACAGGAUUCGGACAAGAGAGAGAUGUUUGAACGUGGAAUGCUUAAGGAUGGAGGAUUUGCCCCGGGUGAAUUUGACAGGAAAGACCAUAAUACGUCUCAACAGUCAACACGUAUAUACUGCCCAUUGGCAUAGCUUCACCAGUUUUGUUUUUGAGGACGCUCUCAAAGUUACUCUCUGAUACCUACAUUAUCACAUUCUCAUCAUAAGUCACUUUCAUCAUCGGACUCUUUUGCAGAAACAUGUCGUGACC